GGUCUUUUUUUUUUUUCGUGUGUGAUAUUCCUUGUCAGUACAGCAUUCCAAAAAAUAAAUGCCUGCAUGUCAAUAUAUCCAAUUAUUUUUGUAAAGGUUUUUGGAAGGAACAAAAGGUAAAGGACCUAAAAUUAAUCCGCCAUGUACAAUGUUUGUUUUGGAGUCUUUGUAGGAUAGGGUUCCAUUCUCCAGGAGGAUUAUUUUUUCCCAUUCAGGCUCAUUCAGUAUUACCCACAAUUCAGAUGGUUAUCUCAUUCCCACAAUUCCCUCCGAUAUGCAUCAGACUGAGUGAUAUGUAGAUGGAUAGACCCCAAAAUCACUAACUGCUGGUGUCAGAUUCCUCGCAUUUGUUCUGCAAUUGAUCAGACCCCAUUUAAAUACCCACAACUUCAAUCCUUGACACACUACCAACUACAAAUGUCUUGUCAUUUAAUUUGAACUUAACAGAGUUUUAACAUUAACUGUAGGUAACUGCAAAGGCGCUAAUCCCUAAUUCAUCCAAAUACGAAUUUUGAAAAGAGGAGGAGAGCCCUUUUUUGUUAUACACUUAAUAUAAGUAUAAGGUUUUCCAUUAUCAUGCUCUCGAAAUUCGGAAAAGGUACAAUUUAUUCCCUAAUAAAAUUGAUAAUUGCACUAAUGUAAAAAUUUUGUUUGUGAAAAGGACUGCAAUCAUAUGUAGAUCUAUUAAUAAUUCCUGAAUAUUCAAUACGUACUUUUUCAAAGAUUAUACUGAUAUGCUUCCACGCUAAGCUUAACAUCAUCAAUUUAUCGUUAAAAGUUCACAAGGGUAAUGUUCAUCAUUAAAAUGUCAUAAAAUUAUAAUAAAAUAGUAAUAAAUAAAAAAUACUUACAAGGAAAAAUUUCUCUGUGUACUCGUAUAUAUAUAGUAUUUCAAGUCAGUUGGAUUUAACUUCUGUUAUGAGAUUUUUAGAGGUGAAUUCCCAAAGGUCACUAACUAUUGUAGGUUUUCAGUGUUUCUAAUCUUGGCAAGGGUUUGUUGUUUAACAUCUCGGGGAACCUGUCACACUGGUGUCACCAGCUGCAGGUGAAGUGCUACAAAUUGUAACCUAUGUCAGAAGCUCCAAGGCAUUUAGCACUGAGGGGUCUUUAUUGUGCCAACACCUACCACGACCCUGGACCUCAGUUUUUUAAGGUCUCAUCUGAAAGCCCCGCAACUUUCAAUUCAAUUCAAUUCAAAUACCAGAGGGGAACAUAAUAUAUACUGUAUGUAUAAAUAAACAUAAUAGUAAUACGUUUAAGAGGUAGCAGAAGAACAGUUAUGAAGAACAACAGACAAUCUCAAAAAUAUGAGAAAUAAAAACACAGAGACUUUGACCUUUUUAUGAGUCAAGUGCUUGGCUCAGGAACAAUUUCUGUGCGGUCUGGCGUGGCCGAGGUGUUCAAACCCAUAAUCUUUGGGUCAUGAAGCAAAUGUUCAUCCGAUUGAGCUACCACUAUACAGAACCUGAUGAUGAACUGAGUGACGUAAUGCAAUGUGAUAUGAACCAAAAAAGAAUGUUAAUUGGUGUACUUCAAGAUAAAACUUUUAAAAAAUCUGUCAACAUUACUUCAGAAGCACCCUGUAAAUAUAAAUGGCUUUGUGCAUUGUGAUGUUGGGUGCAGACUGUAAAAAGAAACGGUUUUGAGGUAUGGUGAAAGAGUUGACGGACCAGCCUUCCCUCUUCUUACAUACAGACAAUUUCUAAAAAUUUGCAUAUCUUGUUUGAUCUAGAAUAUAAAUUAUUUUGUAUUAAAUAUCUUUUGUGCUGCGACUUCCAGUCAUUUGGUAUAUGGAUAUUUAAAAUGACUCAAAUUGGUAUUCUGUUAAUUGAGCACAUACUUAAUGCCUGGGUUUCAAUAGAACGUGCAAGAGAGUUGUAAAUGAAUUUAGUCCCCAUAAAGCCCAUGUUUAUACAGAGAGUGUUUUUUUCUCUCUACGCUCUGCUGAAAUUAAGAUACUGUUAACCUGCACAUGUGUCAAUGGAAGAGUGCUACAUUAUGUGGAGUCUAGACCGAGCUCCUCUUAACCAGACAAAGAAAUAGAUGGUAGAACCUGAGACCUUACUGAUUGUGAACUUAUUGUGUAGGCUUAUAGGCCAUAUUGGUCUUGAUGUCUUUGUGGCCUCUGGAACCUAAUGCCAGGGGCAUUUCAAGCCUACUUACGUGAGGGAGUAGCACUACAGAAUCUAGGACAACAUGGAGAAGCACUGGCUGCGUUUGGGGCAGGGCUAGUUCAGGAUGCAAAUAACACAAACCUCAUAACGGGUCUUAUUGACGCAGCACUCAAGUCUCCACUCAAAGAUAAACUUGGACCAACAUUCAACCAGUUGCAGAAGUUGAAAUUGAACCAGAGUGCUUUUGUUAUCAUCUCUGUGAUUGGUCAAGAACUCCUGGCAGCAGGUCAUUAUAGUGCUGCUGUGUCUAUGCUGGAAGCUGCCCUGCAGAUAGGAACAUGCAGCUUAAAACUUCGAGGAUCUGUUUUCUCAGCCCUAAGCAGUGCAUACUGGGGUCUUGGAAGUAUAGAUACAGCCAUCUCCUACAUGCAGCAUGAUCUCUCAGUGGCGAAGUCACUUGGUGAUCAUGAUGGAGAGUGCCGUGCCUAUGGAAACCUGGGGUCAGCAUACUUCUCCAAAGGUCACUAUAAGGAGGCUCUGUCCAAUCACAGAUACCAGUUGGCCCUGGCGAUGAAACUCAAGCAGCGCCAGGCCGCUGCAUCUGCUUUGGGUAGUCUUGGACAUGUGUACACCGCCAUUGGAGACUAUCCCAAUGCUCUACAAAGCCACAAACAGUGCCUCUUUCUGAUGAAACAGAGUGGAGAUAAGCUGCAAGAGGCAAGGGAAAUUGGAAAUGCAGGAGCAGUGUAUCUUGCCAUGGGAGAAUUCAGUAGUGCCGUGGAGUGCCAUAAUAAACAUUUACAAAUUGCUAAAAACUUGAAAAAUAGUGUGGAAGAGGCCAGAGCUUAUAGUAACUUAGGAAGUGCAUUCCAUUACAAAAGGGAUUAUCAAAAGGCAAUAUCUUAUCAUAGACAGGUUCUUCAGAUAGCUGAAGGGCGGCAGGACAAGACCUUAGAAGCAAGGGCUUAUGCUGGACUUGGUCAUGCAGCUAGGUGUAUGAUGGACUAUGAAAAUGCAAGGAAAUAUCACGAAAAACAACUUGACAAUGCUUUACAGACUAAGGAUAAAGUGGCUGAAGGUCGUGCAUGUUCUAAUUUGGGAAUUAUCUUUCAUCAACUUUGUGAAUAUAACUCGGCAUUGAAACUUCAUCAGGUGCAUCUUCGUAUUGCGAAGGAACUUGGAGAUAAUGCUAGUCAAGGACGUGCAUAUGGAAAUCUGGGAAAUGCAUACUGUGCUCUAAAGAAUUACGAACAAGCUGCGAAAUAUCAUAAACAUGAAUUACAAAUUUCUUCACAAGUGAAUGACCGUCAUUCUGAAGGAGCUACUCAUGGAAACCUUGCUGUGGCCUAUCAGGCAUUGGGCAUGGUGGACAAAGCCCAGUUUCAUUACACAACUCAUCUCAAUAUUUCCAAAGAACUCAAAGACACUCCCAGUGAAGCGAGAGCUUUGUGCAACUUGGGAAAUUUCCACAGUUCAAGGGGAGAUUACUCUAGUGCUGUGAGAUUCUAUGAGCAAUACUUAAUGUUGUCACAGGAGUUACAUGAUUCAGAAGGGGAAGCUAAAGCUUGCUUUAAUCUUGGAUAUGCUCAUUUUGCUUUGGGGAAUCACCUUGAAGCUGUGAGAUACUAUGAACAGGAUAUGUCAAUAGCCAGAGAGUUAAAAGACCAACUAGGCAUGGGCAGGGCAUAUUGUAACUUGGGACUUGCCCAUAAAGCUUUACAUGACUAUCAAGAAUCAUUAGAGUGUCAGAGGAACUGUUUAACUAUCAUGAAAAAUGUCAAGAACACAAAAGGAAUUUUCAGAGCACUAGGAAAUAUUGGGGAUGUUUUGUUGAAAAUGGGUGAUGUGACAGAAUCCAUAGCAAUAUACAAAGAACAGUUACAAAUGGCUAAAAAAUCAAAUAGUAAAGAUUUAAUAGCAACUUCUUAUGGUGCACUGGGUGCUGCUCAUCGGAAUCUUGGGCAGUAUGAUAAAGCUUUAGGUUACCAUACUCAGGAGCUUAGUAUAAGGCAAGAUAUGGAUGACCGUCGUGGUGAGUGCAGGGCACAUGGUAACUUAGGAAAUGUUCAUAUGUCUCUGGGACAUUACAUGGAUGCAUUUAAGUGUUAUGAGGAACAGUUGGAGAAAGCUAGGGAGUUGCACAAUAGCUCCCUAGAAGCACAGGCCUGUGGAAAUCUUGCAAUAACAAAAAUGAAUAUGAAUUGUUUUGAAGAUGCAAUAGGACUAUUUGAACAGCAGUUAGCCAUGUUAGAGCAAGUGAGUUGUGCAGCUUCCAUAUUUGACAAAGGUCGGGCUUUGGGCAAUCUCGGUGACUGCUAUGAAGCCCUGGGAGAUUUUGAUGAAUCUGUGAAAUGUCAUGAACAGUAUCUUGCAAUAUCUCAACAAGCCAACAGUUUAUCUGAUCAAGACAAAGCAUACAGGGGUCUUGGAAAUGCCCACAGAAAUAUGGGCAACCUCCAGCAAGCCUUAGUGUGCUUUGAGAAAAGACUUGUAGUGGCUCAUGAACUCAACAGUAGCUCAGCCAAAGCAUCAGCCUAUGGUGAGUUGGGCUGUUUGCAUAGCCUUCUGGGUAACUUUGAGCAGGCUAUUUCCUGUCUGCAGCACCAGUUGAGCAUUGCACAAGAGAUGGAAGAUAGAAGAUGUGAGGGAGAGGCUGCCUGUGGAUUGGGAGGAGUUUAUCAGAACAUGGGAGAUUAUGAUAAGGCUCUAGAGUACCAUCAGAUGGACCUGCAGAUAGCCGAACAGACAAGCAACUCCACAUAUCAAUGUCGAGCCUAUGGAAAUCUCGGUCUCACCCACGAGUCACUUGGAAACUUUGAGGAUGCGAUACAGUACCAGGAGCAGCACUUGAGUAUUGCAGCUCAGCUGAAUGACAGAGUGGCAAAAACACUGGCUUACAGCAGUCUUGGUCGUGUUCACCUUGCACUGAAUAACCACACUCAAUCAGUAGAGUAUUUGCGACAAGGUCUUACUAUCGCUGAACAGUUGGGAAGAAGAGAAGAUGAGGCGAAGAUACGCCAUCGCCUUGGACUGUCCCUCUGGGGUAAAGGAGAUCUGGAUGAGUGUCAACAGCAGUUGUACAGGGCCACAGAUCUAUUUGAGAGCAUUCGACGGGACGGCCAGCUCAACAGCGAGUACAAGAUGUCCCUGUUUGACCUUCAGACUGCCUGUUAUCAGGCACUGCAGCGUGUACUGGUGUCAAUGAAUCGGCAUGAGGAGGCUCUCGUUAUGGCUGAGCGAGCCUGCACGAGGGCUUUCAUCGACUAUCUGCUGGAGAGACAGGCAGGAAGCGAAGGGAUGUUCCGCAAUGACAUUGACCCCGCCCCCAUCACAUGUGAACAGAUUGUCAACAUUGUUGCAAAGCAGAAGUCUUUGGUCCUAUGUUACUCCAUAGCAGCAGGAUAUCUGUAUAGCUGGCUUCUGACUCCUGACAAUGGCAUUGUCAAGUUCCAUGAAACCAACAUGUCUGAGCUGGAGACCGACUACGGGGAACACAGCGACACGCUGAGCAUGAGGAGCGUUAAUUUUGGGUCGUGUUCCGUUUUAGACCAGUAUGUGGGACACGUCAGAGAGUCCAUGGGAAUAGAAAGCCACACUCCAAAGAACAACAUCAGCCGAGAGAGUGAGACAGACAGCGAAUCCGAUGACGUCUGGCAACAACACCUGGAGGAACUUGGUGACAAGCUCAAUGCUGAAAAUGACAGGACAGGAUUUCUGAGGAUGGUCAACCGGAAUCACAAACUCAACAGCAGCAACUACAGUCUCAGUAGCAUGUUCAGUCUGUCAACCAACUUCACCACAGCCAGCUUCAACAUGCACAGAAAUUCCAGUCUCCGCUUGAAGUCCCAGGCCUCCAGUAGGGCUCCCUUGUCUGUGUUAUACCAAGUAUUGAUAGCUCCCAUGGAGGAAGCCAUCGCUACGGUGUCUGAAGAAUGGGGUGGUGGACCUAUUGAUCUGGUCCUUGUUUUGCAGGGAGAACUCUAUCUGAUUCCAUUUCCUGUGUUACGGAAGGAACAAAAUCAGGAGUACAUGUUUGAACGUUUUAAUUUGAAUAUCAUGCCGUCCAUAACUGCUCUUUCUAAUGGCCAGAAACGUGACCGUCAUGGUCGACCUGUGAUUGAUUCCUCUGGAGCUGUCAUCAUUGGAAAUCCUAAAAUGUCAUCUUCUGUCAGUCAAGGGUGGUGUUUCAAAGACAUUCCAGGAUCAGAAUAUGAAGCUAGAAUUGUGGGAGAACUUUUGACUAGCCGUCCACUCAUUGGAGCAGAAGCUAACAAGGCUGUUGUCAUGAAUCAGAUUGAACAAGUUGAGGUCAUCCACUUUGCCACUCAUUUAUCAUGGAAACUUUCCUCAAUUGUGUUGUCACCUAGUGAUAAUUUGACCACCCAGCACUCUUUUCCCUCCAUUGACUCGGAUGACAGUUCUAGUGAUAUGGGAGGCUUUGAUGGACCUUCGUUAUCAGAAUAUCUUCUCACGGCUGCUGAUAUUCUAAACCUCAAACUUCAUGCAAAACUAGUUGUGUUAAGUUCCGGGUAUACGGAUGACCGUGCAGGCCGCAUAAACUCUGAUGGAGUAGUUGGACUCACUCGAGCUCUAUUGAGUGCCGGUGCCAAGUGUGUUCUUUAUUCUCUCUGGCCAGUUCCUGAUGGUGCUGCCAAACUUUUGAUGAGGAAUUUCUACACUGCUCUCCAGGAAGGUCGAAGGGUCACACAAGCUCUGUCACAUGGCAUCAAGUCUGUUCAGUCUACAAAACAGUUCUCCCAUCCAGCAAACUGGGGAGGGUGGAUACUUGUUGGACACGAUAUUAAACUCAGCAGUAAGAUCGCUUUAAUGGGACAUGCUAUAUGUGAACUACUACAGUCACAGAACCAGUGCAGAGAAGCCAUGAGAGUCCUACUGCAUCUGAUUGAGAAAUCCCUACAAAGAAUUCAUCAGGGUAUAAAGAAUUCUAUGUACACAACUUGCCAGUCCAUUGAGAACAAGGUGGGAGGGAUUCCGGGUUGGAAGGAUCUUCUUCAGGCUGUGGGAUUCCGGUUUGAGGCGGCUAGGAACGGGUUGCCACCAGCAGUGUUCUUUCCACAGACUGAUCCAGGGGACCGUCUGACGCAGGCCAGUGCCAGCCUGCAAGCUCUUCUUGGUUUACCACCAAGUUGUUUGACUGCUUUGUCCAAAUUCCUUCCAAACUAUGAAGCUGGAGAGGCCUAUAUUCUAGUAAUCAGGGAUAUUCUGAGCAAGAUGGCAGCUAAGGAGUCUAACAUUGAUGUACAAAUCUGUGUCAGUCUCUGGCGCAUGACUGGUUGUCAUGAGUUCUUGGCUUCUUUAGGUUUGGACUUGGUAGAAGUUGGAAAAGAUGAAGUCACCCUUAGAUUAGGAAAACAAGCUAAUCGUCGCCAACUUCAGUUUGCUCUUCAGUCUUUGGUUGCUGUUUUCGACACACAAGAGGCACCCAAGUCCCUGUCUGUGGACAGUUCCAGCAGUCUAGAAAGUUUGUCAUCCUCCCACAGUGGCUCUACCUCAACCUCCAACUUUUCUAAGGGAAGCACUCCUCCAUUGUCCCCCCGGAGCAGUAGGAAAAAGUCCCUCUUCAACCCUGCCGAAAUGGAAAAGAUGAGAAUAAUGAACAAGAUGCAACUAAUGCACCAAGGAGGGCUUUCAGGAAGGAAGGUCAGGUCUAGAAAUCAGAGGACGGACCCCUCUAUCUACCUCAGUCACCAAAACCGAAUACGUAAUAUGUACGGACCUGCAGGCACCACCUUAUCGCAUCAUUCCCACCACAAUGAUAUUCACGAUCUUCAGGAGAUAAGUGAGAAUAGUGAAAGUGAGACAGAUGGCCAUACCAGUUCUGGAAACAGCUGGAAGGAAUGCAGGAUGACUGUGUCUACAAAUUCUGACAGCGAGUGCAGCACCAUUCCCGAUGCUAGAACACCCGAUCGUGAUAUGUUGCAGUCCAGCACAGAACAUUACAGUCUCUCAGAUGGAUUAAUUACACAGUCUCUUAGCAGUCAGGAAUAUACUUAUUCAUAUCCGGGUAAAUCAAGUGGAAGCGGAGGCUCCGAUUCUUUGGAACAUGAGGAGUAUGAUUUCAGCAGACAGAAUAGUGGAUACAGUGAUGUCAGUGUUUCUAGUUCUGCCCGAGAUGGGCACAUGUCGCAUCGUCCUUCAAACUUCGACAGAUAUGAUGUUCAUAGGAGCUCAGAUCUGUCUAAUAUAAGUAGUGCUUGUGAGGCUGAACCUCAGAAUUCUCUCUCUGACAGUGGAAGUGAUGUGUUCCAAAGAAAUGAUGCUUUGAGACAGUCGGAUACGUCUGAUACCAGUGGAAUAAGUGAUGCGAAUGGAUUACCAAAUGAACUUCCAGAGGCAAUGAUUAAUAAAAAUGUGGAGCCAUUGCCAAAUGAGUCAGGAUUUCAUUCAGAGGUUACGUCAUCAAAUCAGAGUGAUGCUAGUCAGCAGAGCAUUGAUGUGACAAAGCUUGGACAUAAGGAGUUGGCUCUCCGCAUUAAUGCUGAUGUCGAUAAUUACAGAGAAAAGCUAGAACAGAUCCAGAGAGAAAGCAUAGCUUCAUCCAGACAAGAGGCUAUAGCACUGCGUAAGGAAUUUCAUAGUUCACAGCAAAUUAGUGCACCUCCUCAACGAAGAAAUGGACAUCCUAGUGAUGAUAGAAGUGUUACAGGAAAACAGUUUUCUUUGGAAGGAAAACGACCACCUCCUAUUCCCCAGAAACCAAAAUCAUUUCAACCCUACAUGGAAAACCCUUCACAGAACUCACCUCAAAGUGCCAAUGUGAAAAAUACUCAGCCAUUAUCAGCUCAAGAGUUCAAUAAAGUGAACUCAAUAGUGUCCAGGAUAAACUCUUUAGCUGUACAACAAAAUCUUCAAUCUAGCAAUAUUUCUGCUUUUACAAGUUCAUCACCAAAAUCAAAAUUUCCCACAGAGAAUGAUCAGAUGGCAGAUAAAACUUUACAAGAUCUUGCAAAAGGAGGCGUCACAAGAGAUGCCACCUCUUUCCUCAGUUCUAUACAUUCCCAAAAUCAGCCCAGGCCAGACAGUAAAAUGAGUGUGAGCUCUUCAGCAUCGUCAUUAGCAACAGUGAUUCAUAACCCUAACGUCCGUGUGAAAAUUCCUCCAUCAAACACCAAACACCCGCAGCCACCUUCCCCAAUGCAUAAUAGUCAAACUAGUACUCCUGAGAUUCCUGAAUCUCCUGCCAGUGGAGGAGGAAAUGGACAUCCUUUACACGAUAUCAGUUUUAACAGUUCGCACAGUUCAAUGAGAGGAAUGAGUCCAAAAUCAAUUCUCAAUUCUUCUCCGAGCUGUUUACGUGAGAAGAGUAAGAAACCGAAGAAGAGAGUGAGUUUCUCAGACUCUGAACCCAGUGAUUUAGACUCCUCUAGCACACAAAACUCCAAUAGGGCUAGCCCAGUGACCCCUGUGAAUUUCCCAAUUAACCCUGCAGACAGACUCAAAAGUAACAACUUCAUUAGCUCAAAACAACCUAUUCGUAUAUCAGGGAACCAUCUUACCAAUACCACUAACCAGUAUCCACCAAUGAAAACCUUUAGGAAUGGUAGUGUUCCUACGGCAAUGGAAAGUUUCUACAUGAAUGGUACUGUGAGAGGUGGAGUUGUUGUUAAUGGAAAUCAAAAACCCAGUGCAAUGGAGCUCAAAAAUAGUGCUCAUCCCACUUAUAAAGCCAACAUGGUUCAAGGUGGUGGCAAUUCUGGUGGCCCGGGCACCAGGACCUCUGACCAGAUCAGACAGUUGUACCUGGGACGAGGCGGGAGGUCUCAAGUUUUACAAUCGUCAAAGUGCUAACUUCUCUGUGAUUUUUUCCUUUAACAAAACAUUUAAGAAAAGUCUGAUAUACAUUAUAUUUUGUGAUAUUCACUUGCUCAUCUACCUUACAUCUCCUUUUACAUCACAUCUAAAAAAAAUAAUUUCAUGCAUUAUUUUUACUGCGAAAUUUUUUUUGGAUAUCAAAUCAAUAAUUUCAAAGGAAGAAUGUAUUAAAUACAUGGAUGUCGGUACAAAGGUUUUUAAGACAUGCUGCCUAUCAUUGAUUUUUUUUCUAUGCAUUUUUUACUUGUACAAUGUGAUUCAUAUCAUUCCAAUAUUUUUCAUAUAUAAUAAUUUAUUUUUUGAAUAUUGUCCUUGUAAAUAUACCAUAUUUACUUCUCAGAAAAAGCUCAUCCACAUGCUUGUAUAUAAAUGAACAUCUGUAUCUUGAUCUAGCAAUAUUUCUAUGCAUUUUAUUUAACAUUGUGGGGUAGCCUCAUUUAAGAUGCUACUUAAUGUACAAUAAAAUAUUCUAAUAUAUA